AUGGUCAAUCCAGACAACGUCAAGGACAAUCUGCUGUCUGAUGUCGGUAGCGGCCCUGCUACAGUACUGCUUCCUGAUUAUGGAGACAACCCGACAUCACAAUGUCACGCUAGAUCAAGGAACCGCAAGUUACCCUGUCAAGAUUGCCUCAAGUCCAUCCGGGACUGGAAACCAGCAUUUACGCGUGCCAUCGAGAACGGCAUUGCGCCCGCAUCAUCGUCCGCCCAGUUCAAUGCUACAAACUAUGCAGGCACCCAAAUCCCGAAUCCCAAAACACGAUCUCUUACUUUCUAUUAUAGCAACCUCAUGAAAAAGAAGUCUAGCUGCUUGAAGUCCGCGAGUUUGACUUUUGCUUUGGCUGCCGAGGCCGUGCAAUUGGUGUCAGUGAAUGAGGAGGUUCGGAGCUGUAAGAGUAUGGAUGUGAAAGUGCGCUCAUGCUUGCCGUUCCGGAUUGGGCCGUCGCAUUUUAAGGCGAGUGAAGAGGAUUUUGAGGGCUGGACGGAGGUGGGUAAUCAUAGUGAUGGAGGGAAGGAUGAUGCGUAUGAUGAGGCGGGUGAGGAGGUUGAUGCAUAA